GAAAUUCAUAAUGUGAGGUCGGGAACUCUGGUCCGUUGGAGCAGAAAGAGAGCGAGCCGUUUGUCUCUCGGGCCCCGUGCGUCUACUGGCAUUUCAUCGCGUUCACCCCUUCCUGUGAAAUGGAGGAACUGAAACAUCUGUAAGGCGCCCGCUGUUAUUUUCAUAUAAGAGUGGUUGCCUUCAUCCACGAGGUCUCACUUUUUUUUUUCUCUCUCUCUAUUCGCAUUUGUGCAAGUUGCUCCUGCUGCUUGCAGCGAUGACCAAGAAGAAGAACUGUCCUCCUGGCACAACAUGGGACAACCUUGUCAACACCUGCAUCCAAGGUUGGGCCGAAACCCGACCAGAACCUCCAACAGAGUUGACCCCAGUUUUCCAACAGAGAAGCACAUCUCCUGCCGCAAGGGCAGACCCGGAUAUCGCUCUGAAUCCAGUUCUGUGGAUUGUGGUGGUUUUGACCACCCUGGGGUCCAUCAUGGCUUUGGCUCUCUGGUUCAUCAUAUAUAAACGACAGAGCAGACUCGGUAGAACUUCGGCAGAAGAAAUGGAGUCUGCACCAGAGCCUCUCCGUAAAAUACAGCCGCCUCUCGAAAGUCAUUUGUCCACGUCAGCUACAUUGACCCCUUUGGCCUGUGCCCACUCGUACAACCCGGGAAGCGGCAGCACCUCAAAGCGGGAGGAGGCAUUCGCCAAUUGCAGGGGGCCCCCGAAAUGUCAGAAGACAACAGAUCGCGCCGAGGAGGUUGGAGUGCUUCCAGUUUUCAGUGCAAAGAGAGAGCACAGAGUCCCGCUUCCUGCCACAGAACUCGGCGACACUGCCUUGGUGACAACCAAAACUGUGUAGAUUCUAUUUCAACUUCAGACAUCUU